ACAUUCCCGUGAUCCCUGACUUGGAGGAAGUCCAGGAGGAAGAUCUGGCCAUGCAAGUGGCAGCUCCCCCCAGUGUGCAGGUGAACCGAGUACUGACCUACCAUGACCUGGACAAAGAUCUAAUGAAGUAUGCUGCCUUUCAGACUUUGGAUGGAGAGGUUGACCUGAAGCUUCUCACCAAAGUUUUGGCUCCAGAGCAUGAACUGCGAGAGGAUGUUAGCUGGGAUUGGGACCAUCUCUUCACAGAGGUGUCCUCAGAACUAGUGACCGAGUGGGAUCUGGGACAGUCUGAGAGAGAUGACCACCUCAGUCUGCCCUAG